CUGGCGACUAUAUCCCGCUAUCUCCAACUGAGCAAAAUGUUUGCAAACUUGCGAAAAGCAUUUCCAAAAUGCUACCAAUCUGGAUCAUAGCGAUUGAUUGAAUUCUACGGUUGCUACUAAACAUUCAGUACCUAGCCCGGCAUGAUAAUCCACCUAGAAUCCGGCCCAUGCGAGUCCAAAAUCGAUAUAUACAAUUUGAACGAGACUGCCGCUACGUGGUUUCAGUGGAAGGCUUAUGUUGACGAAGAGUAUCAGGAUGUGCUACUUCAUCAUCGUGAGGUACAAUCUGAGUACAGCGAAGAGGUCUACCCGUUCUGGUGCCCUGAAUGCGAUACAGGUUUUACAAAGCUAUCAGGUCUAUUUCAGUACGUGUGUAGCAAAGCAUGCAAUCAAGAUUUGUACGAAGACAAGAUGGGCAAAUUGAUCAGAUGGCUAGAAAAGGAGCAUAGUGCUAGUGGGCGUGAGUGAGCACAAAGCAACACGCCGGCUAUAGCUGCACGAUAUAUGCCUCCUCAUCCUCCCAGCCAGGAACGUGGAGCUUCUGGGCCA